AUGGCCGCCACGUCCGUCGCGCGCACGACGACGCGCGCCAUCGUGCUCGCGCUCGCACUAGUUGCGCUCGCUCCCGCCGCGAGCGCUCGCCUCGCCGUCAACGGCACGUGUCCGGGCGGCAAUCAGAAGUGCAAGCCGGGCGUGAUCUUGCCGGCGUGGCUGCCGAACGAAAACCUGACGGUCGGCGACAAGGUGGCUCGCACCGUCGUCUACUUCGCCGCGCUCGCCUACAUGUUCCUCGGCGUGUCGAUCAUCGCCGACCGCUUCAUGGCCGCCAUCGAGGUGAUCACGUCGCAGGAGAAGGUCGUCACCAUCAAGCGACCGAACGGCGAGAAGGUGACGAUGACGGUGCGCGUGUGGAACGAGACCGUCUCCAAUCUGACGCUGAUGGCGCUCGGUUCCUCCGCUCCGGAAAUUCUGCUGUCCGUCAUCGAGAUCUGCGGCAAUAAUUUCAAGGCCGGCGAUCUCGGUCCGGGCACGAUCGUCGGCUCGGCGGCGUUCAACAUGUUCAUGAUCAUCGCGCUGUGCGUGUGGGUCGUGCCGUCGUCCGAGGUGCGACGCGUCAAGCACCUGCGCGUCUUCUUCAUCACGUCGACGUGGAGCCUGUUCGCCUACAUCUGGCUCUACCUGAUCAUCGCCGUCAUCUCGCCGCAGGAGGUCGAGGUGUGGGAGGGCAUCGUCACGCUCAUGUGCUUCCCGCUCACCGUGCUCACGGCCUACCUCGCCGACAAGCGCAUCUUCCUCGACCGCUUCCUCUCGCACCGCUACCGCAAGUCGCACCAGGUGGUCGUCGCCAACGAGGGCAGCGCCGACGGCGACGUAGAGAUGAGCAAGGUCGACGGCGUCGGCGACGCGUACGGUCGCGAGAAUCACGCGAUCGCCGACGGCAUCAUGCGCGGCAUGAGCGUCGCCGAGAGCGAGGAGGUGCGCGAGUUUGAGAACAAUCGGCGCGAGUACAUCCAGGUGCUGCGCGAGCUGCGCAAGAAGCACCCGGACGCCGACAUGGACUCGCUCGAGCACAUGGCCAACUUCGAGAUCAUGAACCGCGGCCCGAAGUCGCGCGCUUUCUACCGCAUACAGGCGACGCGCAAGCUCACCGGUGGCGGGAAUAUCAUCACGAAGAAGCGGCUGGAGGCGCUCGAGCACCAGCCGGAGGAGACGAGUAAGCUUGCCGACGUCGACGCGCACGUGACGAAGGUCAGCUUCAAGCCGGGUCACUACACGGUGUUUGAGAACGUCGGCACGAUGCGCGUGUGCGUCGUGCGCGACGGCGGCGACCUGCAGAGCACGCUCUACGUCGACUUCAAGACGGAGGACGGCACGGCCGAGGCUGGCGGCGACUUCGAUUACACGGAAGGCACGCUGGUGUUUAAACCGGGAGAGACAGAGAAGGAAAUUCCAAUCAACAUCAUAGAUGACGACGUCUUUGAAGAGGACGAGCAUUUCUACGUGAAUCUGAGCAACCUGAGAUUGGGCGGACCGGACGGCAUGUACAUCAACACGAACGACGACCUGUCGCAGCUCGCUAAGCUCUCGACGCCGUUCUUCGCCACCGUCAUGAUACUUGACGACGAUCACUCGGGCUGCUUCACCUUCGACAGCCCCGAGCUCGAGGUCGUCGAGUCGGUCGGCGAGGCAUCGGUGCGCGUCGCUCGUAACAGCGGCGCACGGGGCCGUGUGAAGCUCUACUACCGCGUCGUCGAUGGUACGGCGAAGAAGGGCAAAGAUUACGACUACAGCGGACACGAGCUGAUCUUCAACGACGACCAGACCGAGGAGUUCAUCAACAUUCAGAUUGUCGACGAUGAAGAAUACGAAAAGAACGAAGUGUUCUACAUCGAGCUGCUCAUGCCGCAUCUGCUGGACAGCGACAACCGGUCGGUCCGACUGCCGGACGGAGAUGGGAAGACGACAUAGGAACUGACGGAGGCAGAACGCAUCGCUCAGAUGGGGAAGCCAAAGCUGGGAGAGACGCCUAAGAUCAUGGUGCAAAUCAAGGAGAGCAAGGAGUUCAAGAACACUGUCGACAAACUAGUGAACAAGGGGAAUCUAUCGACGAUACUGGGAACGUCUAGCUGGACAGAGCAGUUCCGGGAUGCUAUCACAGUCAGUGCAGGUGACGAUGACGAUGACGAUGACGACGAUGACGAGGCAGCGGCGGCGAAGCUUCCAUCGUGUUUUGACUACGUCAUGCACUACCUCACCAUCUCAUGGAAGAUUCUAUUUGCCUUUGUGCCUCCGACAGAUUACUGGGGAGGCUGGCUGUGCUUCACUGUCAGCAUCUUCAUGAUCGGCGUACUGACGGCUUUCAUCGGUGACCUGGCGAAGCACUUCGGCUGUACCAUAGGUCUCAGAGACACGGUCACCGCCAUCUCGUUCGUCGCGCUGGGAACAAGUAUUCCAGACACGUUCGCUAGCAAGGUGGCGGCUAUCGGCGACCAGUACGCUGACUCAUCGAUCGGCAACGUGACGGGAAGCAACGCCGUCAACGUGUUCCUCGGCAUCGGCAUCGCCUGGUCGCUGGCCGCCAUCUACCACGCGGCAAACGACAGCAAGUUCAUCGUCGAGACCGGCUCGCUCGCCUUCUCCGUCACUCUCUUCUGCGCCUUCGCUCUCGUCAUCAUAAUCAUACUGCUCAUACGGCGCGUGCGUCGCAUCGGAGGCGAGCUCGGAGGUCCGAUGCUCUACAAGCUGCCGACGGCGGGGCUUUUCGUCAUAAUCUGGACGCUCUACGUCGCCAUGGCAGCGCUCGAGUCCUACUGCUUCAUUCCCGGUUGGUAGAGAUGGAGAUCGAGAGGGAAGGAAGAAAGGAGAGAGUUGCUGAUGAGAUGCCCAGCUGUGUGCCUUUGAUACGUC